AGGUCUUGGGUGACAAGAAAACAAGAGCGGGGAGUUAUGAACGCGCCUCCGGCCUUUGAGUCCUUUUUGCUCUUCGACGGGGAGAAAAAGAUUACGAUAAAUAAGGAUACCAAAGUACCAAAUGCCUGUCUGUUUACCAUCAACAAAGAAGACCAUACGCUUGGGAAUAUCAUUAAGUCGCAGUUACUGAAAGAUCCUCAGGUUCUGUUUGCAGGCUACAAAGUCCCUCACCCGCUUGAGCAUAAGAUCAUCAUUCGUGUCCAGACCACUCCUGACUACAGUCCCCAGGAAGCCUUCACUAAUGCCAUUACAGAUCUCAUCAGCGAGCUCUCCCUGCUGGAGGAACGGUUUCGGGUUGCCAUAAAAGACAAACAAGAAGGAAUUGAAUAGUUAAAAUGCUGUUUAGUGACUACUUUGUAAAUAAUUUUUGAGGUUUGUGGUUCUGAAUUGUUGAUUUGUAGCUUCCAACAAAUUUUGUUGGCAAGACUUCUGUAUAGGUUUCGUUCAGCAAGAGAUGCAGUUUUUCCGUCGGCUAAUAAAAUUUUGUUUUUAA